UUUAAACUCAGCCCCCUUUUCUAAAAGCGAGCCAACCUGUUGAGUGUCUCAGUGGUGAAGGCAGGGUGUUGGCGCACAGAGUGGAGAAAAGUCGCUAGGACCGAGUCAGACAUCCGUCCGCCUGUGAGAAAUUUCCCCGUUUUUGUGUCGCUGCUGAAUUCAACGUGUGAGAGGCAAACAACAUCGAGCUUGAAGAUGUCAAAGAUCGGUGCUUUGGUGUUGAUGACAUUUGUGUCCCUGGUGUUUGCUGAAGAACAGAACUCGGUGGAAGAUGACCCAUUUACCUUUGACUACCACAGACUGCGUGUUGGAGGCCUGAUUCUGGCUGCUGUCCUCUGUCUCAUUGGCAUCACCAUCCUGUUCAGUGGCCACUGCAGGUGCAAGUUCAACCAGGGCAAGAGAAGGAAUACAGAAAAUGCCCAGCAGAUGCUCUCCGACCAAGGUCGUUCCUGCGACUGCUAGAGGUCAACCAGAACACACACUGACUUCUGCAGAGAACACACAGGAGCAGCAGCGGGAUUUGAUCCAUCCAACGACAGGCUUUUGUUUUAUUGUUAGAGAGUGACAGAGAGUAGUCUGUGUGUACCCGCUGUGAGGUGUGAUGCUUUCUGCCUGAUAACUGAGCUACUGAUCUCAUACACACCCUCAGACAUACACAUCAUUUUACACGCAAAUCCAAUUUUUGUCACUUUCAUUUCAAUCAAUUGAACUUUUUUUGGGGUAUUUAGAAGUUGAAAGGGCUUUUACAUGAAGAAAACCUUUUGAGAAUUCCUUCUGUAAGUGCUUUGCCAUUCGCCGUUGAUUGUUUUGGUUGAGGUGGUUGAGCUGAAAGUGACUGCACACAACGGUAACACAAACCUAUUACCAAAAACUUCCUUACGUGUUCACAUACUGGAGGUUGUGUCAAUGUCUCGCACUACUUCUGCUGUCUGUACUGUAUGUGUAAGGUCAACGUUGAUGUAGAUAUUAGUCGCUUAGUGUGACCACCUAACCCACUGUCCAUGCUUUCAUGUCAAGUAUAUGAAAUCCAUAUAGUCAAGAGUGUUUAGAGUGGUGUUGAUAAUUCAUGAUAAUCUGUUAAUUCCCGUGUUUAGCUUUAUGGAGGAAAGUAGUGGAUUGCACUGUUCAGAGAUACAGAAAGACUCUGUCAUGUUUCUAUAAAAGAUUUAUUGAAACAAA